CUCACUUGACGUUGUCAACACAAGCACACAAUACUAAAGACAACAUGGCUAUUUCUGUCAUCUCUCGCCGCGUCUUUCCUCGCGCCAACCGAGCCAUCCCCACGCGCGCCCUCUUCUCAACCUCCCACGUCCGCCUAUCGGACGCCUCCAAGCCCGCGUUUGCAUUUCGUCCAGGCCCUGCGCCACCACGACUCCCCGAAGAAGAGCAAAAGAUCUUUGAACAGCUUCAGAAACAAUCCACCGGUGCCUUUAGCACGCCUAAGGUCAACCAAUCGCCGAACUCAGAACCCGCGAGGGCUCAGGCAAGCAGUGACGGAGAGGAGCUUCAUCCCGACGCGAAAGGUGGACUCAAGCCGGAAUUUGAGGGCGAGAAGAACCCUAAGACUGGCGAGAUUGGGGGGCCGAAGAAUGAGCCGCUGCGAUGGGGUGCUGGCGGAGACUGGAGUUAUGGAGGUCGUGUUACGGACUUCUGA